AUGAGUUGCAUGCAGGCAAGAGUCCGAGUCGAUGUCGAGCUCAUUGAUCGAUCGACUCGAUACAGCUUUAACACAGGCGCGCGUCGUCUGUACACAUUGCUCACACGCAAACAAAACCGGAUGGUGCACACACACGUAAAUGUGGAUGUGUGCGUGCAUGCGCGAAGGAUUUCCUACCGCCCCGCGCCCGCGCCCGCGUCCCUCCACAGACCUGUUGCGCCGCUACCGGAGUUACGCCGCAUAGUUACCAGACUUGAUAUGCCUGCUCCGCGCCGUAUCGACUCAGCGCCGAGCCCACGCACACCACGACACACCGUUCGAACACUUAAUUAUCAUGGCGCAGCACUCGUGAAAUUGCUGUGCAUCUCGCCCGGUCUCAUCGACAUCUUUUAUUAA